AGUUUUUUAGAGGUUUCGUCGAUGUGUUUUGACCAUGUCAGGGUUUCAUCGAUGUGUACUCCUAGACAUUUCGCGUUUUUUACCCUUUGGACUUCGGUGUUCCCAUUUUUCAGCGAAGGGCAAGACACAUGACGAGCACUGCGUACUUCACCUAGUGUAUAACGAGCAGUGAACCUUUCACCUAGUGAACACAUGCCAAGCGAUGCACACAUCAUCUACUGUGAACAUGACGAACUAUGCGCACAUUAGGGACCUUAAGCAACGACGACGGCAACGUGGACGACGACGGCAAGAAGCAAUGCAAUUUGAUUCAGAAUUCAAUAGCAGCACGUUAAAAUGCGUUCUGUCUUAUACAUUUCAGACGUUUUCCAUAAAACCACGAAGUGAAACUUUAAGUUUCAUGGUCAGUUGAGAACGCGGACGUUAGCACUGUAAACUCCACUAACUAUGUUCGCUACUGUAGAAACAAUGUCCUUAGUUUAUUUUGAUUUGUCUCUGACUAUAAUGGUUAUCUGAUUCCGUUGCAAUAAAAUUAUUAUUGAUCGCCACGCGCGAAAACAUCUCUUUCGAUCUUGUUGUCCUAGCCGUCGUUGUCGUCCUUGCCUAAGGUGCCUGCUUGCUUAAGGUCACCUAGUGUGUACAUGACAAAUUUGUUGGAAAAUUGAUUGAAGCGCUUUCGCGACCGACAAACGAGGACGGCUGCAAAUGAUACUAACGGGCCAUAUACUAUAUAAGAUAACUUUACCGAAAAAAAAUCAGGCAAGCAAUCUCCGGUAAUGGGGAUACCGACGUUUAUAACACCUUCUGAAAAGGGUGUAUAUAUUUUAAAUAAAUCUAAAUAAAUUUUAAAGACACUACUCGUUUAGGAAGUUCAAGUUAAUGAUAAAUCAUUUAAACCAUUUUGCUACUCUGUUUUGAUAAACAUAUCAUCCCGCCAUUCAUUGGCUGUAUUGUGAUCUCUAAGGCACCUUGGUGAUUUAGGCGUAGAAACCUUCAAACUUGACGAACAACACCAGACUCCCAUUUUUACGCUUGCUUUUAACUUGAACAAGUCAGAAUUUUACCAUAAACUCCAAAUACUGCCAAGACAACGACAGAUAACCGAGAUAACUAGGUCUUUCGCACAAAAGGUUUUGCAGGAUCAGUGAUGAUGUAUAAGUUAGCGUUUUGCGUUUUUAUUACCGUCACUGUACGUCUUGCAAGUGGGAAUCAAUUCGUUGCGAGAAACACCAUGGAAAGGAGAAGUGCAAAAAGUGCCGGCAGAUUCCGCAAACACGUCCAUACUUACCUUAACGUCGACGGAGGGGCAAGGAUUCUGGUCGCAAGACAAAGCGCGUGUGUAUUGGCGUGUCUGAGGAAUGACACCUGCUUUUCGCUGAAUCUGGCGGCCAAGGCUGAUGCUAAUCGUCAGUUUUGGUGCGAGAUUCUUGCCACGGACAAAUACAACAUGUCACAUAAACUCAACGAAAUGAACGAGACCUCCCUACACUUCAGCAUUGGUAGUCCCUGUUAUGAUGGACCGUGCUUGCAUGGGGGCAGCUGCCGAGCUUCGUACCAUGAUGACAACUACACUUGUUCUUGCCAACGAGGGUACAACGGAAGAAAUUGCGAAAAUGGACUUGGCUCUUCCCAAGAACUACCUGGACUCUCGUGCAAGCAAAUUCGGGACCAGUCAUUCCAUCGUCGCAGAGAAAGCGGAGAAUAUUGGCUUGACCCUUCUGGUACUCAGCAGCCAUUGCGCGCUUUCUGUGACAUGCAGACUGACAAAGGAGGCUGGACAUUGAUCUCACAAACUGAAAUCAAAGAGUUACCGAUCAUAUAUUCCAAUUUGGUAUGGUCGAGUAAUUACCGUGAUAUUGCACAAUAUAACCAUGGAAUGCUACUGAUAGAAGAAUCGGGGAUACAACAGCUCAGGGACUUCAUCGGUUUCACGCAGCUAAGGUGGAGAUGCCAUAAGCUUAGAGUCGGUCGCACUAUCGACAUCAUGACAACUAAUGAUAGCAUGGGAGCGGCUGUAGUAGAUCACUUCUUGGUCCGGUAUGCUCCUCCACCAGCUUGUGGAUCUUUCGUUCGUUUGCCAGGCGACAACUCUACUUUGACUCAAAACUGCGCCAAGUGGGGCAAAACAAGCUCUUCGGUAGAGAUCAACCGUUGGGGGCAUUACGAAUACUAUGGUAACAAGAGGAUGUAUGAACGAGUAUGUGUGUGGUCUGGUCACCUUGCAUUAAAUAUGUCUCCUGCCACCACAAAUCCAUUGAUGUGUGAUGAUAAAGAAAACCAAUUGUCAAUUGGCGACAAGUGGCAGCUAUUUGUGCGAUGAUAUCAAAGACAAAACGACACCAAAUGUAGAGUUUUAGGGACGUCGAAGCUAGCAUUCGGAAAAAAACGCUGAUUUUUUUUAGCAAAAUAACUAUCAAUAGUAAAGCAAAAAUAGCACUUGUUUUUUAGAUCUGGUAGAAAUGCUGGGAAUGUGUACAGUUAUGUUUGUCUUGCUUCAUUAUUGAUUUAUUCAUUUAUUCGUAUUCAUUCAUCCAUUUGUUGUCCGUUUGUUUGUUUGCUUGUUUGUUUGUUUGCUUGUUUGUUUGUUUGUUUGUU